AUGCGCAUCAUUUAUCACGGCGCUGUUCGUGUAGCUCCUGGUCCCCCGCGCCAGCCCCUCAACCACCGCGCCAGUGCGCCGCCAGCCCCUCAACCACCGCACCAGUGGGCCGCCAGCCCCUCAACCACCGCACCAGUGGGCCGCCAGCCCCUCAACCACCGCACCAGUGGGCCGCCAGCCCCUCAACCACCGCACCAGUGGGCCACCAGCGCCUCAACCACCGCACCAGUGGGCCACCAGCGCCUCACCACCGCACCAGUGGGCCGCCAGCCCCUCAACCACCGCACCAGUGGGCCACCAGCGCCUCACCACCGCACCAGUGGGCCACCAGCGCCUCACCACCGCACCAGUGGGCCGCCAGCCCCUCAACCACCGCACCAGUGGGCCGCCAGCCCCUCAACCACCGCACCAGUGGGCCGCCAGCCCCUCAACCACCGCACCAGUGGGCCACCAGCGCCUCACCACCGCACCAGUGGGCCACCAGCGCCUCACCACCGCACCAGUGGGCCGCCAGCCCCUCAACCACCGCACCAGUGGGCCGCCAGCCCUCACCACCGCACCAGUGGGCCGCCAGCCCCUCAACCACCGCACCAGUGGGCCGCCAGCCCCUCAACCACCGCACCAGUGGGCCACCAGCGCCUCACCACCGCACCAGUGGGCCGCCAGCCCCUCAACCACCGCACCAGUGGGCCACCAGCCCCUCAACCACCGCACCAGUGGGCCGCCAGCCCCUCAACCACCGCACCAGUGGGCCGCCAGCCCCUCAACCACCGCACCAGUGGGCCGCCAGCCCUCACCACCGCACCAGUGGGCCGCCAGCCCCUCAACCACCGCGCCAGUGGGCCGCCAGCCCUCACCACCGCACCAGUGGGCCACCCACAAUAA